GUUCUUUGGCCAUCAUGGCCGGUGACUACUAUCGAGAUGGGAGUAGAGAGGGGAGGCGCCCCCGAUCACCAGAGCGAGGUCGCCACGUGAGCAGAGAGGAGAGCCGCGAGCGUUAUGGAGGUUCGAGGAGUAAUAGCCGUGAAGAUCGGAGGAAUGACCCUCCACGCCGUGGUCCACCGGUUUGCUUCGGAUGUCGAGUGGCCGGUCACUAUCGAACCGACUGCUGGAAGUACUGGACUGAUCCGGUGGCUCGGCGGCAAAUGGAAGCAAAUGGGUAUACUUGCCCAGCUGAGUUUAAUCGGAGGACAGGAGUCGCAUCGCCACCGUGGGAUCGGGCACAACACCCCCCAGUGGCUGAACCUGCCGCUGAAGUUCGACUCGAGGCGGGAUCGGGCACAACACCCCCCAGUGGCUGAACCUGCCGCUGAAGUUCGACUCGAGGAACUCGGCAAGACAGUCGCAUCUGUCCAGGAAUUCGUUGAGAUUGAGAAAGCUCGACGAAUGGAGAGGGAGCAGCGCCGCCGCGAACGCGAGGAGGCUAGUUUGGCGGAAGAGGCAGCCAGAGCGGCGGAAGAGGCAGCCAGAGCAGCGGAAGCGGAGCACGCUUUUCGCAAAGUAGAGAAGCAGCGUAAACGCGAGGAGGAGCAGUUGGUGAUGGCGAAAGCCGUCGAGGUCCAGCUCUCCGUGAGGUUGAGUAAAAAGUUUGGCUCUAACAGUGGCGGUCGGCGGGGCAGGAGGGAACGGGCAAGACGAGCGGAGUCUGGGGUUAUCGAAAGGGACAACAAUCGGUCUAUUAAUCCGAUUCGAGUCCGAGUCAGCAGUGACGACGAAUGGUCGGUCAGUGUCUUUCAAAUUCUCCGUAAACAGGACGAGAUUGGCUGUCGAUCUUUGUCUUUGUAUAUUGAAGGUGGAAACACCUGGUGUGAUAAAUGGAAGGGACUACGUAAGGCCUUUGGCUCGUCAUGUGUCACGUAUGAAGGAAAGACCGGUUGUCUAAGGGUGUUUAGAAAGGCAUUUGAAGUUGAGGGUUCUAUUGCUUUUCAAUACCUGAGACGGUGGAGGGCACGAAGGAGUGUCAAUAAACCUGUUUUGAUCUCAAUUUUGCGUAAUCCUAAACGCCUGGACACGAUUCGGAGAUGGGACCUGGACUCGUUAUCGAGUCUGUUCAAUUCAGUGAAGGAUUUUGAAAGGAAGAGCACACGCGCGUAUUUGCGACGUUUGAUUGGUCGUUGUGUGAAGGAGGGCUUUGGUUUCAAUUUUUCUGCUCGCCUCGUAUUUCGCCUCUUAUUUGAUGAUCGUAUCAAGCUUGUGGAAGUACGAAAAUUGGUGAAUGAUAAGCUAGGAGAGUUGACUCUUCCACCUUGUGUAACCCGACGUGCACGAAGAUCGCUCCGCAUCAUUUGGACUCGUAAUCCAAGUGUUGCGGACCUAAUCCACAACGAUCGUGCUUUCACACGAAUGAAUGUGUCUCCCUGCGCUUGCGCAGGAUUGCCGUACCCAAGGGUGCGAGGCCACGUGCGUGUCCGACUACGUGAGGUGGAGGGUAUCUCGCCGCUGAUGAUGAACGCCAAUAACGUUCCGAAGAUUAAUCACCGAGAUAGAGGGAGGAAAUUGGGCCAGGAGGUCAGCGAAGGCUUCUCCAACUGGGCCAACGUGAAGGGCAAUUCUGUCCUUUGCUCCCCUGCGGAGUUGACCCGUUGCAUGACGCAGGACGGGACGCAGCAGAAUAAUUUCUUGGAUAUGUGUGAGAUCGUUGAAGUAAGAAGGAAAUUUAGCGGGAUGGUACUUACCCCUUUGGAUCGUAAUCCUGGAGAGACCCUAGUAUUGUGUCCCUUUCUGUACUACGAAGGGAUGAUGACGUUGUUUGUGCGUAACGCUGGAUAUGUGCCUGUGAUGAAGAGUGAGAGUCUAGUCGUGGAUGAGAUGAGAUCGAAGCUAAGAGAGGAGGGGAUCUUGGACUUCGCAAGAUGGGACGAGAAGGGCUCCAUUGUUCAUGCAUUUGCCAUGCCCAAACAUAAAGAUUUGGAGCGAUUCCGCCCUAUCUGCCCUUCUUAUUCGGAACCGACCACACGAACAAGUAAGGUUGUUGCUAAAGCUCUUAAUUACCUUCUGGAUUGCCUACCACAGGAAUGGCACUUUAACCUUAAAGCUGUCUCAAUGUUGAAGAAGAGGCUGGACGGGAUUAACAUGAAGCUGAGUCGUUCAGGCGUGGACCCAAAUGUGGUAGCACAGUCCUUCGAUAUCAAGGACAUGUUUAGCCUCUUACCGCAUCACGGCAUCAUUGAGGCGGUCGACUGGCUUCUGGAGUUUCAUGUCACGAAAGGAAGAGCUUUCGUUCGUGUGAAUGUACGUGGGAAAGGUGCCAACUUCGGGGUCACAACAGGCUAUGAUCACUGGAGGAAAAUCACUUUUGAAGAUAUCCGAAAAUUUGUGAGAUUCGAACUCGCUCACACUUACACUUACGCACUAGGGGUCCUGCUUCAACAGAAGAUUGGGAUACCCAUGGGGAAGAGCACAUCGCCCCCUCUCGCGUGCAUCAUGUGCGCACGCUCUGAGCAUCUUUUUCUCCACAGCCUGGGGAAACAGCGUAGUGCAGUGUUUGGAGUUCGUCUUAUCGACGAUGUGAGUCUAUUUGUUGCUGCUGAGAAGCUUAGAACCUCGGAUGUGGCGGACGUUUUUUCAGGAUUUUCCAAUUGUUAUCCAGAUAACCUCACCUUAAAAAGAACCGAUGACGGCACAGGAACCUGGGAGUUUCUGAGGUGUGAGGCCCUGUUGCUUUGUGUGGAUUUGAUUUUGGCUCUGAGACGAGGAUUGUUACGGUCUUAGUAUGUUUGCAGAUCGGAUUCGAACUACAGACUGCCAUAGUACUCUUUGCCUUUGGUAC